AAUUAGGAUCUCCGCCUCUCUGCAAACUCGCAUUCCAGAGAUUCCCACACUCCUAAAACUCACCUGCCUUUUACUUUACCGCUUACAACGCAAGGUUACAGUGGCAUAUUCACUUAAUACAGUGAGUUCUUUUUAAGAAAAAACUGGUGCAGAAACUGUUUCUUUGCGCUAUCCGGUUAAGUUUUCCCAGCAACGGUUAGGGACGACAUGAAGAAACAGCGCGAGGACUCUCCCUGAAAGGUGAGCGCGGUCUGCGAGGAAACGGUCCAAAGAAGAAGAUUAGCGGGGAAUUGGAUUGUUUCCCGCAGAGAAGAAGCUUUAAAAUAGCUUAUCUUCUCUUUCACUCGCACAUAAAGCGCUCCCUCUUGGUUUUCUCCGAAAAACGAGACUUUCAGAGUUGAACCAGCUGCCCGUUCCCUCCUGCUUCUUCUCCGCGAAGCAGAGAUGCUCUACCCUCCUAAAUUACUCUGCAGUUGGAAAUGCCAUGAAAAACAAACAAGAAAAGAACAAUUCACAUACCUUGGAGGACAGUUGCUGCGCUGGGCUGAGCUGUGGCUCGGACCUACGUGGAAAUGCGUAACUUCAUCUGUAAAGUCCAGUUUACUCCCAUGCAUGUGGAAGAACGAAACUCGUGUCCAUACUGGAGGGGAAGAAGAGAUAACCCCUUCCCUGCUUCUAGCAGCAGUCCCAGGCAGAGCGAACUGACAUGACGUAACUGGGAAUGUGGGAAACCAAAGUGCACUCCUGAUUGGUUGUGGCAUGAUAAGUAGGCGUUUCCGAGGAGGGAAUCUAAUUUAUUAAAUAUGGACCAAAUAAGUGGAGGGAAUCUACCCAGAUUCAUAACAAGCUACAGGGCACAAGAAGCAGAAAAACUGACACUGCGGAUGAAAAACGGUGUUGGCGGCCCCAUGUACAAACUGGCUGAAUAUGAAACGCUGCAAGCCUUUGUUGAUGCCAGACGUCGGGAGUACCAUCUCAUUGGACAAAAGGUUCAGAAGACGUGCUGUGCAGCCAAGGCAACCAAGGAGAACUCCUUAUUACGACAGCACCGGCAGGUGUGGAGCAGAGAAUGCCCCAGGCUGCAAAAAGCUGAGGAACAGGCAGAGGACGAUAUCCGUGACUUUUUUAACGAGAUCAAGCCAAGUGAUAUAACAGACACUGCCGUCUUCUUACUUCAGAAAUACAGGCAAUCUCUUGAAAUGGAACGGAAAGCAUUCAGAAUAGCUACCGUUGUGCCUCUGUAUCAGCUCAAAGAUGACCUGUGCAUCAGGCUGGGCAAGAUGGAGGAUCAGCAGCUCAAUGACUGCAUGUCAGACUGGGAACAAGUAAAGCAGCAGAUCAAUUCUGUGAAAGACCAACAAAUGGAUGUAAUUGCAAAGCUUAAUGCAGAGUACCAGGACAUAGAGCAGGAGAUCAAGGACCUUGGCUUUGAGAAAUACUAUAUUGGUACUCCAUAUAUUGUGGUGAGAUCAGAAACCAUUCCUGAGGAGGUUUUGAAUGCAGACUGCCCUUAUCCAGAGCUGAAGGACUCGCUGAUCCAGGCCUUCCAGUCCCUCUCAGAGAGGUUCCAGGACAAAUUCCAGACGCUGACGAAGCAGCUGCAAGAGAAUGACACGUUCUGUGACUGGAGUCCAGACGACCAUCAACGUUUCCAGUUCACAGUGUCUCUGUACACUCAUGAUGUACCGAACUACAAAGCACUUUGCAUUGACAUGCUGCAGAGACAGUUCCCUGACAGGACACGACUCGACCUGUUGCAACACGGACGUAGCUGCGACAUGCAUCGAUUCAUCCAGAAACAAAUAAGAGUCGUGACCCACCAGUGGCAGCGAGACACGCAGGAGCUCCUGGACAGGGCCCUGGACACGCUGCAGGAGGCGAAACACGCCCACCAGGAGGAGCUGGAGCACCACAGAGACCGCCAGCACCAGCAGGACAUCUGCCUGCAUCUCAGAGAGAAACUGCAGCAGUGGAGGGCCCAGCAGGAGGAGGUGGCGAAGCUGGAGGCAGCCAUAGCAGCAAGACGUCAAGAGGAAGAAGAGGAGAGACUAAAGAGGGAGCAGGAGAAGGAGGCUGCCAUGAGAUUCCACCAGAAAGAGAAACUGAGACUGUUUUAUUUAAAGCAGCAGAGGAGGAGGGAGUUGCUGGAAGAGAGGGAUCAGAAGGCACUCGCAGCUCUGAGGAGCGACAUGGAAGAACAGGCGAGAAGAGACCGGGAGAGGGUGCUGUUUCGCGCUGAUGUGUUGCAGAAACGAAUGAGGGAGAGAGAAAAGCAGGAGCUGGAGCAGCAGAGGGAGGAACGAGAGAGGCACGAUCGUCUGGAAGCUCUCAGAAAGCAGGUUGAGGUGGUGGCAGAGGCCGACCCAGAGAGGAUGAUGGCGGAUACAAAAGCUUGGAGGAGCCGACGUUUGAGUGAGAAAGAGUUUGAGCUGCAGAGGCCUCUCUACAGUAUUAACACGUACACAGACAAACAGAUUGUGUCAGAUCCAAGAGUCCGAGCUGAGCAGGCUUUCCGAGAAGCUGGAGUACACCAAAACCAGUACGCCAAGGAGGCCCUGUCCCAAAUCAAGCCUCCUAAGCCACCGAGACGAGACACAAAAUCCACACUUCAGUUCUGACAAGAAUUGUGUUUGGCUCAUGUUGUUUUGCUCCAAGCAUUUUCCUUUUUCUCUUUCAUUUAAAACAGUGAAUAAAUUCAUAUAGCGCCUUUCUUGUUGCA